AUGGGAAGUGAAGCAUACAACGUUCUUUGCGAUAAAGUGUCACCAGACAAACCAUCAAACAAAUCAUAUGACGACAUCAUUAAAACCUUAUCCGAGUUCUUCGACCCAACUCCAAACGAAAUAUUGGAAAACUAUCGCUUCCAUUUGCGAAAACAGCAGGACGAAGAAACCUGUGAAGAAUUUCUGAAUGCACUUUGGCGUUUAUCAAUUGGGUGUAAGUUUGGUUCAUACUUACAAACCGCUUUACGAAACCAAUUUGUAUUUGGUCUAAAAAAUCAACGCAUUCAAAAUCGGCUUCUAGAAAAAGAACAACUUACUCUAUCGUCAGCACUAGACACCGCCAAGGCCAUAGAGGUAUCAGAAAAAGGUGGUGCGGAGUUACACAAAGAGAAAGAAUUGACAUCUGAUGUGAAUUUCGUCAAAGAAAAUAACAAAAAGAAAAAAAGCACGUGGGAAAAUAAAUCAAGUACAAAUCCAAUAAGAACAUCGUCAUCGACGAAUUUUGUUUGUUAUCGGUGUAACAGCACGGAGCAUUUAGCAACCAAAUGCAAGUAUAAAAACUCAAUGUGCUCAUACUGCAAUACAAAGGGGCAUCUACAGCGAGCUUGUUUUAAGAUGAGACGAAAUGGAAGAGGAGCUACAAAUCAAUUAGAAGAAGAGACCGAUGCCGAGAACAUUUGUGUUGAUGAAAUCUGCCACAUAUCAGAUGAGCUUUUGCAAAUCGACGACCGAAGCCAGGUAACACUUCGUUCCAAAAUGUGUUGUCAACUUAUUGUUAAUGACAUUCCUUUUAUUUUUCAAAUAGAUACUGGGUCACCUGUAACUGUUGUCGGUCUAUCAGAUGCAAAGAAACAAUUUGGCAAACUUCAUUUACAAAAAAACGAUACGGAGCUGGUUAUUUUUUGCGGAAAGAAGCUGGAAUGCUUUGGUUAUGUUAACGUCAAGGUUAAAACAAAGCAAAACGUGGUUAACCUCAAAAUGUACAUCGUUCGAUCGCAACGAAACCCUUUGCUGGGUCGUGAAUGGCUUCGACAGAUCAAAUUAGAUUGGGGUCAACUUUUCGAAAAACAAUUAGCUACAGUAAUGCAAAUACAACAAGACAAAGCUAAAUUCUCAGUAAUUGACGAACUAGUUAAUAAGUACCCUAAGGUAUUUUCCAAAACAGCAGAAAAAAUCACAGGAAUACAGGCGCGGUUACAUAUGAAAGAAAAUGCCUCCCCGGUUUUCAUCAAAGCGCGUCGCGUGGCAUUUCCAUUAAUCAAAGCGGUUGAAGAUGAGCUGGAAAAGUUAGUGGCAAGCGAUAUUUUGGAAACAGUGGAUACGUGUGAGUGGGCUACACCGAUAGUUGCUGUUCGCAAGCGAAAUAACCAAGUUCGAAUCUGUGGCGAUUAUAAAGCCACAGUCAACAAAUUUUUAAAUAUCGAUGAAUAUCCGUUGCCAUCAAUUGAUGAACUAUUCACCUCAAUGGCUGGGGGAAAAAAAUUUACAAAAAUCGACCUGUCCAAAGCCUACUUGCAGUUAGAAAUACACCCAGAUGAUCGUGAUUAUCUAACGUUGAGCACCCAUAAAGGGUUAUAUCGGCCUAAAAGAAUGAUGUUUGGGAUCGCGUGUGCACCAGCAAAAUGGCAACGGCAUAUGGAGCAAAUUUUGAGUGAUAUCCCAGGUGUAAAAGUGUUUUUAGAUGACAUAAAAAUCACAGCGGAAAUGAUUCGGUUCACUUACAGCGUUUGGAAGAAGUACUUCGAAGAUUAA